ACAAUAAUGUCAUUAAUGAUAACCGAUGACAUUUUUUAAAUUGAAGUGGGUUUUCCGUUAACAUUCGACUAAUAACGCCCUCUUGUGGUCGUUUGGAACGCCGUGGAACAACACGUGCCACGGGGAUUUGAACAUGAUUUCAAAUCAGCAACAGCAGCAAAAACAAUCCCUAUGUUUGUUAGAGUUAUCUAAAUGAGUAUCCAGUACAUACUUUCAUUUUUUGGUUUGAUUACAGUUGAAAUAGUUGGUCCCGUUUGAGCACCCUUACGUCAUCAUAUUGCGACCGUUUUGAUUCUCCGAAAACAUCUGCGAUGUGGCUCACUUGUAUCGAUCGAUGAUGGAGUCUUAAAAAAAAAAAAAACGUGUCGGUUUCUUCGUUCGUUUUAAAUGGAUGUUUGCAAACUCGCGUGCGUUGAUGUACAUUUGGGUAACGACUGCAACGACUCGGGAAGCCGCCUCGCUCAAGAGCCAAACCAUGGCCAAAUCGUUUGAAAUGAAAUUGCCGCCGGGGUGUCAGAGCCUCCCCGGUGGUUUUUGGUCAGCCGUGGACGUGUGGAUCGAGAAACCUCACGUUGUCAACAAGCGCCUGUGCGGCGUUCGCCAGGCCGCCGAAAGUCGGGAGGUCCGCGAGGCGACGGCGCCGCUGCGUUCGCCGCCCGGACGCGGCGACUCUCGUCUGUCCACGCACGUCAGGACGUUUAUCCCCAAAGUGGACAUUUACGGGGCACGGAAACAAAAGGAGCUGGUCGUCAAAGACUUGGACGGACAGGAAGUGACGUUCGUUCCCUUCGAGGAGGUCCAAGCGGGUCCGCUGUCUGUCAAGGAGAACAACAUUUAUAGCAUCAAACUGCGCCCGGACGACUCGGGCCAAUGGUUGUUGGAGCUGCGCGUGCGGACGGCGGAGGCGUGGUAUUCGGACGGCGUGGCGUACGCCCGCCUGCCCUGGCUGUCCGACCGCCUGCUGCCCAAGCUGGCGCGCUGGGCCGCCGCGUCAGGCGGCGGCGGCGGCGGCUGGCCCGGCGGCACCUUGUCGCUGCUGCCCGUGGAAAAGUACGGUCUGGUGUACCAGCAACUCAAGAACAAGUACAAGGCCAUGGUCAAGGUGUGGCCCGAAGUGACGGAUCCGGAGAAGUUUGUUUACGAAGACGUCGCCAUCGCCACGUAUCUCCUGGUGCUUUGGUCCGAAGAGCGAGCGGAACUGGACCUGGAUUCGCGUCAGUCCUUCGUGGACCUGGGCUGCGGGAACGGACUCCUGGUGCACAUCCUCGCCAACGAAGGGCACCCCGGAAAGGGCAUCGACGUACGGAAAAGGAAGAUCUGGGAUACGUACGGCCCGGACACCGUGCUGCGGGAGGAAGCCGUCACCCCGGGCCGGAGCUUCCUAUUCCCGGAGACGGACUGGCUCAUCGGGAACCACUCGGACGAGCUGACUCCGUGGAUCCCCGUCACGGCGGCCAGGUCCUCGUACUCGUGCCGCUACUUCGUCCUGCCGUGUUGCUUCUUCGACUUCUUCGGCAAGUACCGGCGGCGGCGCAGCCAAAAGUCUCAGUACCGAGAAUACGUCGACUUUGUCGCCGAAGUCAGCCGCGUCAGCGGCUUCCGCACGCAGCGGGACUGCCUCAGGAUUCCGUCCACCAAACGGGUGUGUCUCCUGGGAAGAAGGCGGACGUACGAGGCGAACGACGAGGCCCGGGCGGAGGAUCGGCGGGCCGAUUACAUUCGGAGCCGCCGCCCCGCGGCGUCCCGGAAGGACGACGAGUCCGACUUCCGGCCUCGAGAGCGGGCGGAAGCGGUAAGAAACUGCACGGCGCUCUCCAGGGACUUAAUAGACGAGGCGGUCCGGCGCGUGGCCGACGCUCUCCUGGGAAUGCCCGACGAGAGGCCGUCUCCCUCUGACGGCUGGAAGCGAGGAGCUUGCGCGUGGGCGAGGUGGCGGCGCUUUUGCCCGACGACACCCUCAAGCGGCUCAAAAACGAGUGCGGCGGCCUCCAGACGCUCCUAAAGAACAACCACCAAGUAUUCCAAGUGGAAGCAGGGACGGUGCGAAUCCGGGACUGGCGCGAAACUGAUAGCGGCAAGCGGAAGGCGGCGGUCCCCCCGGGUGCCCUGAAAACCCGGCCGUGCUGGUUCCACCUCUGUCACCCUCAAGGCUGCCCGCUAGCGGCCGAAAAGUG